GUGACGGACAUGCGGAACAGAAGUAGAGGUAGCAUAGCGUCGCUUAUGAUGCUGUCUGGAGGCAGUCUGGAUGAGAAUCUCUUCGGAUCCACCCAGUCUGAGACCCCGCUCCUUCCUCGCACCCCCGAGCUCGACUCUCGCGAUCGUCACUCCAACUCGGCUACACCUGAGAACGCGCAGCCAACCCACAUCCCGCGACUUGGGGAAGGUUCGUUCUCUCUCAUCUCGGGGCUACGAGGACGACACGGCUCCAUCGAUGCGCCCAUGAGCAUGUCGGGCUCAGUCGAGGGCUUCGAGACGUUUCUGGAGGUGAUCGAGCAAGAAGACCUGCAGGAGGUAUGCCGCUUGUGUUUGACGCGCAAGGCUGAUGAAAUGAUAUAGCAGACGAAUGAACGUGCAUUGAAAUACGGGAGAACGGGAUUGUCAUGGCAGCAGCCGAUAGGCAGCUCGAGGAAGCGAGACCACACGGGAUUCGAGUCAGCUAAUCACAUAUCGUCGAGGAAGCGAGACGUGCACGCGAUACCCGCUGUCAUCUCAGA